AUGACUACUUGGUCUCUGCUCUCUCCUCUUCUUCUUCCUGCGGUUGCUGCGUCUGUGCACACCAACAACAUUAAUGCAAGAACAAAAAGAAAAGUGAUUGCAAGAAGAAGAGGGACAUUAAUAAUAGCAAAUGCCAGAAACAGUAGCCAAGAGAAUGAAGAAGAUAAAGAUGCACCAGCUUUCAAACCCUUUGGUUUUGUUACUGACAAUCCUUCUAGCCGCUCUGCCAUUCAGCUCCCUGAGUCACCUGCUGAGGAUGGCAAUGUCGGCCAAAUGCUCAAUAGGAUAGAAGACAAGGGAAAGGAAUAUGGCUCGUACAUAAAAUCUGGGAAGUUGAUAUGGUUUGUGAGAGAAACUGGAUCUCCUGACAGCCGUCGUGGAACUGUUAUCUUCUUACAUGGAGCGCCAACACAAUCUUAUAGUUAUCGAGUUGUCAUGUCUCAGGCUAUUGAAUCUCUAACUAUGUUGUGGUGCCAAACUAGUAAUGUUGUCUUGCCUAGUAUGCUUUUGCCGGUUAACAUUGAGAUGUCAGAUGCUGGGUUCCACUGCUUUGCACCUGAUUGGAUAGGGUUUGGUUUUAGUGACAAGCCACAACCUGGAUAUGGCUUUGACUACACAGAAAAGGAGUUCCAUGAAGAACUUGAUAAUUUACUUGAUGUGCUGGGUGUCAAAUCUCCUUUCUUCCUUGUUGUUCAGCAUGAUGAUUUCUCAAAUACUGGAUUUCUUGUAGGUUCCUAUGGAUUGACUUGGGCCCUGAAAAACAAGAGCAAGAUAUCAAAAUUAGCAAUUCUGAAUAGUCCAGUGACAGUUUCAUCUCCUGUUCCUGGACUGUUUCAACAGCUAAGGAUUCCUCUGUAUGGUGAAUUUACCUCCCAAAAUGCUGUCAUGGCUGAGCGAUUUAUUGAAGCAGGUAGCCCCUAUGUCCUGAAGCUGGAAAAAGCUGACGUUUAUCGAUUACCAUAUUUGGCAAGCAGUGGACCAGGAUUUGCUUUGCUCGAGGCUGCAAGAAAGAUCAACGUCAGAGAUAUUUUAAGCCAAAUCGCUGAUGGCUUUGCAUCUGAAAGAUGGGAUAAACCAAUACUUCUUGCAUGGGGAAUAGCAGACAAGUAUCUGCCUCAAUCUGUGGCAGAAGAGUUCCAGAAAGGAAACCCUAAUGCUGUGAAGCUUAAGUUAAUAGAAGGCGCAGGCCAUAUGCCACAAGAGGACUGGGAGACCAAAGGUGAGAAAUAUGACUGCCCAGCUGGAGUUGGGGUAAUGGAGUAG